GUCGGUUUGGUGAGAUGGAGGGCGAGAUAAGCGAGAGGUUUCUUCGUUUCUUGCAUGGCCCAAAAGGCUUUGGCCGCCACUCGGACCUGUAAAACGGCCCAACGGCAUGAAACGACUGACCAAGGUGAACAGGACAUGUACGACGAGAUGGUGGUCGUCUAGCACCACUUGGAGGGAGUCACUUUGGCAUCUCCCAAGUCGCCCUAACUACGACCCUCAGUAUGCUCGCCCGACUAUUGCAUAUGUGCAGCUUGCUCCUGGUUGCCGCAUGCAUCAGCCAAGGAUCUGAAGAAGCUGGCCUCGCGGCGGCACGCAAUGCGUGUGUCGACUUUGUCUGCACCAACUCGUCAGUGUACGCAAUCUACGGCAACGCCUGCCUCGGGCUCAAUAUGUCAAUCAAGCGGGACUGCAAGCGACUGUGUCCGACCUUUGUGUCUGUGAACAGAAACUGCGACGGGUGGGGCCUCUCCUGCGUCCAAGCAUGCAUGGCAAACCAGCAGAAGCUGGGGUUCCCAACCACCAAGAAGAUCAUCGACGACUGAGUUGUGUGCCGGGGGAUGCGCUUUAAAAUUUAUCGUAAUUUUUUCUACUUUUCUCCCG